AUGCAAAAUUUGAAAAUAAAUCUUGUUAAGUUUCUUGAUAAAACUGGAGAUUUACGUAUGAUAGAAGAAAGUGUUUUAAAAUACAAGAAUGAAAGUAUUCAUGCCAAUCAGAAUAAUAACUCAUGUCAACCAUUAAGAAUUGCUUUAGGAUUUGAUUAUAUUAAACUCGUAGAAAUUGCAGGAGAAUUCGCAUCUUUAUUGGUUGAAGAACCAAAUAUUGCUAAAAAGGAGUUAUCUGACUUAAUUAAAACCUGUUGCAUAGUGCUUUCUGAAUGGGAAGAUAUGAAUGUAUAUGUUUUAUUCCGUUUGAAUUCCUUUCCUGAUUUAAUCUCUGAGAUAAAAAGCAAAAAUAUUAACCCUGGUGGGUUGUUUACAAAGACUGGAAUAUUGGCAAAAACAACACCAGUAGAGAAGUAUACGCAAGAUAUAUCCUUCACGUGUAAGUCUGCUUUGUGCCUUGAAAAAGGAAAAAUUAUUAAAAAGAAUGUUAAAUGUUCAGACUGUGGCAAAGAGCUUGUGGAAAUCGCUCGUUCUAGACUCUCUGGUGAGAAGGUUUAUGGACUCUUCCUUAACCCAGACUUCCUACAACCAUCAAAGGAAUAUAUGAGAACACAAAGUAUUAUGGUAGAAUUAAGAGAUGAACUUUUUAUAGGUCUUGAAAUAGGCAUUAGGUAUAAUCUUGCAUUAACAGUUGAGAAAGAUAAGUAUCUUGCCUGGGGGAUCCAACCUAUGUUACCUGACCCUUUGGUAAGAGCUAUAUCAAACCUGGGCCCUCCCCCUUUUCCUUCAAAAAUUUCUCAAUUCAUAACAAUCAUUAAGGAAAACACAUACGACUCACCGUGGGCCUUAGUUACAGCCCUUUCUUCUAUAAUUCCUGGAAAUUCUUAUCCACUAUCUGCUUUUUUACAUUUAAAGACUGCUUUACUUCUUAGCCUUGCUUCAAUUUGUAGCAAGUGCCCGGUUCCGAUUCUUGCUCUUGGUGAUUGUGGAACGUUGAUGAUGGAUGCUUGGUACUGCAGCCCACGAGCCAUUUUUUCACCAUCAGGCCCAACAAGCCUUCUUUUAGCAUCCUAUGGAGUCUGUCUUGUUCAUGAAAAUACUACUGGUCUAUCAUUUGUUACUACAGCUGUUGAAAGUGAAUUGGUUACUAUUAUCCAUCAUAAAUCAUCAAAAGAUAAAAGUCAUUCCACUUAUCCACUAAAAGCUGCUGUUUGGAUGUAUUGGAACUGUAAUAAACAUUCUGGACAAGAUGUUAAUAAACUUAAGACUUUAAUUAAUAUAUUUGGUAUUCCAUUUUUGGAUAAUAUUGAUGUUAACGAUGAAGAAAUUUCUGAACACCUACUCCAGAAAGCUGUCGACAAUAUUAGCAGUUCAGAUGUAAUAUCGCAAAAAGAUUUCAGAAAGUUUAUAGAUAUUAUUUCCGGCAUUAAAGUUACAAUGUCCGAAAUGGCAGUUAAUCUUAUAAGGAAUUAUUUUGUCGCUAAUCGCAGAGAAAGACCUGAAUGCUUACCAUUGAAAGCCAUCAAAGUAUUAACAAGUCUUAGUGAAUCACAUGCCCGAUUAUCAUUAAGAGACACUGUUACUUAUGAAGAUGCUGUCGCUGCAAUUUAUCUGUAUGAGGAAUCGAUAAGUAUUCUUUUUGGUCCAUCCGUCAGUUCAGAAUUACCCAAAAGGACUUUAACUGCAAACAGCCCAGUUGAAAUAGCCCGCCAGAUGGAUACCAUCCUAGGGAAGUUUUCUCUGUGGUUACAGUCUUAUACCACAAAUCAAAAUGGUUCUGUCCUUGAUGACAAUGAUGGAAGCUUCCAGUUUUCAAUUGCUUCACCUUCCACUUCCACUGUAAAUAGCUUUUCUAUUUUUAAUUCUUAGAUUUAAAAUAAUGACAGAUUCUCCAGUUCAUAUCUCUGGUUUUUAUUUAAUUUCAUAGUAGCAAACCAAACUUAAAUUACAGCUUGAG